AUGAAGUACAUCCUGGUGACGGGCGGCGUGAUCUCGGGCAUCGGCAAGGGCAUCAUCGCCAGCAGCAUCGGCACCAUCCUCAAGUCCUGCGGCCUGCACGUCACCUCCAUCAAGAUCGACCCCUACAUCAACAUCGAUGCGGGCACCUUCUCCCCCUAUGAGCAUGGAGAGGUGUUUGUGUUGGAUGAUGGAGGGGAAGUGGACCUGGACCUGGGGAACUACGAGCGCUUCCUCGACAUCCGACUCACCAAAGACAACAACCUGACCACUGGGAAGAUCUACCAGUAUGUCAUCAACAAGGAGAGGAAAGGAGACUACCUUGGCAAAACUGUCCAAGUUGUUCCCCACAUCACAGAUGCGAUACAAGAAUGGGUAAUGAGGCAGGCACGGAUUCCUGUGGAUGAAGAUGGCAUCGAACCCCAAGUUUGUGUGAUUGAGCUCGGUGGGACUGUGGGUGAUAUUGAGAGCAUGCCCUUCAUUGAAGCUUUCCGCCAGUUCCAGUUCAAAGCCAAAAGAGAGAAUUUCUGUAACAUCCAUGUCAGUCUGGUUCCCCAGCCAAGCUCUACAGGAGAGCAGAAGACUAAACCUACCCAAAACAGUGUUCGUGAACUCAGAGGUCUUGGUCUCUCACCAGAUCUGAUUGUUUGCAGGUGCUCCACUCCUUUGGAUACCUCAGUAAAAGAAAAGAUUUCCAUGUUCUGUCAUGUUGAACCAGAGCAGGUCAUCUGUGUUCAUGAUGUCUCUUCUAUCUACCGGGUUCCUCUGUUGUUAGAGGAGCAGGGAGUCGUGGACUACUUCAGACACAGGCUUGACCUUCCCAUUGAGAGGCAGCCCAGGAGGAUGCUCAUGAAGUGGAAGGAAAUGGCUGACAGAUAUGACCGCCUCCUUGAGACGUGUUCCAUUGCUCUUGUUGGCAAAUACACCAAGUUUUCAGACUCCUAUGCAUCUGUCAUUAAAGCACUGGAGCAUUCUGCACUGGCCAUCAACCACAAACUUGACAUUAAGUAUAUUGACUCUGCUGACUUGGAGCCGGAUACCCUGCGGGAGGAACCUGUCCGCUACCAUGAAGCAUGGCAUAAGCUGUGCAGUGCUGAUGGAGUUCUGGUUCCUGGAGGAUUUGGUGUUCGAGGGACAGAAGGCAAAAUUCAAGCUAUUUCCUGGGCAAGAAAACAGAAAAAACCCUUCCUAGGAGUUUGUUUGGGGAUGCAGCUGGCAGUGGUGGAGUUCGCACGCAGUGUUCUGGGGUGGCAAGAUGCUAACUCGACAGAAUUUGACCCCAAAACUGCUCAUCCAGUGGUCAUAGACAUGCCAGAACAUAAUCCUGGGCAAAUGGGUGGGACCAUGAGGCUUGGCAAGAGAAGGACACUCUUCCAUACCAAGAAUUCAAUCAUGAGGAAGCUGUAUGGAGAUCAUGACUUCCUGGAGGAGAGACACAGACACAGGUUUGAGGUCAAUCCAGAACUGAAGAAGUGUUUUGAAGAGCAAGGUUUGAAGUUUGUAGGCCAGGAUGAGGAGGGAGAACGAAUGGAAGUGAUUGAGUUGGAAGAGCAUCCUUUCUUCGUUGGUGUUCAGUAUCACCCCGAGUUCCUCUCCAGACCCAUUAAACCAUCUCCUCCCUACUUUGGCCUCCUCUUGGCUUCUGCAGGAAGACUCACACAUUACCUACAGAAGGGCUGCAGGCUCUCACCCAGGGACACCUACAGUGACAGAAGUGGCAGCAGCUCACCUGACCUGGAGAUAACAGAGCUGAAGUUCCCAUCAGUAAAUCAUGAUGAUUCCUGAUGUGUCUGUGCUGAAGAGGAGUCUCCACUUGGUUUCCCAGGCGUUCUUACAGCAAUAGCUUGAACAUUCUCAGCUUUGGGCUUCCUUAACUUAUGGGUUUAUAAGUUCCGUUAGGGAAUCCUGACCCUUUAUUUUCCCAAUCUUCUGCCCUUUAUUUUCUAUGUAGCUUCUGUUUGUUCCUGGAGGAGAGCCCAUCGCAGCACAUGCACCGCUUGGCUUCCUGCUCUCCCACCAGCCUGGAGAUACAAAGCCAAGUGGGAUACAGGGCUGGCUGUGUCAGGGGGACACAGUUGGAUGCUCCUGCCCAGUGCAUGGUGACAGUGGCAGUGCUUUGGGGCUCAGGUGCUGGCACGUUUGGUGCUUUCUCCAGCCUUUCUGCUCCCUCAGCACCUUUAUUGCGCUGGUGGAAUCAUGUGGAUGACACCAGGUGUUGGGGGCUCUGUUCUGCAGCUGUGCUGUGCUGCAGGGGAUGGGGCUGCUCAGCUUUCUGCAGGCUCUGUUUUCUGUUGGGGGAUGGUUUGUUCUUUUUUGGUUGUUUUUGUCUCCUCAGUAGCAUUUCAAACCCUUUGGCACUGGUGGUUUGGGUGCAUUCGUUACCAGGAAAAGCGCCUGGAACACCUGGAUCAGCUCUAACUGUGAUGUGUCACUGCAGGGAUGCACCUGACCUGGAUCAUGUGGGGUGGGGGGAAUAAAAAGCGAUGUCAGGAAAGCCUGAACCUGGCGUUGCCAUUGGCCCUGCGGUGCCAGCACCACUGGUGCUGCCUCUGGGCUGGGCCACUUCAACUCCUUGCAUCAAGGGGAGGUACAGAACCAAGUGAACUGCUGUCAGAUGCUGCCUUUCACAGCUCCCGUUUGCCUUGGACUGAGCCGUUCAUGGUGCUUUGUGUCUCAGUGGAAGUGGAGCCUUCAUCCGUUGCCUUUCCCCUGGUGCAGCCGCUGCUCCCUAUGGAAUGCUGAGUGCUGUUCCAAGGGAGUGUGUUGCAGUGUGCAGUGCUGGGGUCAUUGGGGGGGGUCAGCUCUGCAUGUCUGACUGGGGAACGCACUCACUUUGGGUGC